AUGGAGAUGAGAAUGUUGUCUCCCUUGCUCGGCCAUGUUGCAUUUCCGCUUUUCAGUGUUGUGGUCUUCGUGAGCAUCUUAUUAGCUGGAAUGGGAACUGAAGAACCCAGUUCUGUGGCUUUGUUGGAGAACAAACUCAAUGAAAAAAUUCAAGAUAUUUACGAAGAACUCAACAUCCGAAUAAGGAAAUCUGAUGGUUUAUUGUCAUAUUUGAAACAGACAAUUGAAAAUUACUCAUUGAAGCGAAAGUUCGCUCGCGUGGUAAUUCAAGGGAGUGUUGGAAACAAUUUGUAUUUCCCCGAAAUUCUUGAAGAUGGUACUUACCGUGUUGAGAUUGAUAUGCUAUUUGAACAGGACUCAAACAAUGUAACUUUGCCCGGGUUUGUUGGAGAAAACCGUUAUCCUCAAGUUAUGGUGGAGGUUGUUGCAGACGAAGGCGUUUCCUCUCAACAGUAUGUGAAGCUGAAAGUGACAAGGUUGCCGGAAGGUUUGAGAGACGAAGAUCAAACUGUUUUUUUCGAAUUUGACGAUGUAAGUGGAGAGUAUUAUCUAAAGAAUAGCGAGUAUUUGAACGAUUUGCCAUCUAUUAAAGAUGAAAUUAAGGGUGGAAUCUUUGGAGAGAAAGAGAUCACCACCGGAGGUGUUUUUGCCAGUUUUCAGGGAAGAAAACCAUUUAGAGCCUUCAAAACUGAGAGAAAACAAUUGAUCAUAGAUGAAGAAACAAUUGAUUACCAGUUGCUAAUGGACAAAGUUGCUGCCAUUAAAGUGAAAUGGCCAGAGGUCUCCACGGUCUGGGAGACUAGAGAAAGACUAUGGCCCCCUUUUGAAGUAUGUAAGGAAAUUACAUGUGGUGGCAUCCAUGUGAUUCCAAAGUCAAGCCACAAAAGUACCUCUACAACCCAGUGGAAGUACACGUUUGCCAUAGCAGAACAAAGGUUAGCUCACUUGUUUACUCCUAUUCAAAGAGCAUGUUAUCUCAUUCUGAAACAGUUGAAAAGAAAAUACUUCAGCCAGGUCUCUCUCAGUGAAGGUCAAGUAAUUAUUCCCUCCGGAAUAAGCACACAUCAUUUGAAGACUGUGAUGUUUUGGACAAGUGAGAGGACCGAGCCAAGUGAGUGGGAAACUGACCCUGGAAAAUGUCUCUCCCUCCUUAUCCAAACCCUUGUCGAUUUUCUCCAAGCUAAACAUUGUCCAAAUUACUUUGUCCCUGAAGUCAAUCUCUUUGAACGACUAUGGAUGGAUGAAAGCAAGUUUCUAUUUGUGAAGGAUGAUAACCAGCUAAGGGAUGCAAGAAUUCAAGGUGUUCUUGAACUUGUUCUUCAAGUACAGGUGCAUCUUGAGGAUUAUUUAACAAGUGAGCUUUUGCAAACUGUUGAUGAAGAUCAUGAAAGGACAGAAUCAAAUGCUAAAUUUGCAGAAAAAGAUUUCUUUUCUGGUUUUAAAUUUGAAAUGGCAAAACAACUUGCUUCGCUAGAUUCUCUGUUCACUGAUUUUCAUGACUUCCGUGAAAGUAAACAAGAAGAAAAAGCAAAGAAGGAUGAAUUAUAGAAACACAGUGGAUAGAACAGUUGGUAGAUUCUGCCAACCCAAUUACCAUCUAAAAGUGGAUUAAUGGUCAACAAGUCAGCAAGAUGAAUGGACUACCAUCUGUAAACUUUGACUUUGGUGAAUGCCAUAGACUCUGUUACACAAACUUUGACAAAACAGAUGGACUUAAGCCCACAAGUGAGACAAUUAAAAAUGGCAUAUAAAUGGGAACCCAAUGAUAUGCUAAAUGAAAUACAACUUAAAAAUCAAUCAAAUGUAAAAUAUUUUUAAAUUGAUGCAUUAUUAAUAUUAAAUUAUGUAAUCUACAUAAUAAAUAUUUAGUAAGUAAAUGUAACAUUGUACAAGCUUGCUGGAAUUGUAGUAACUGUGUGUAUUUGCUGCAAAUAUGUGGUGAUAUAAUAGGUGUUAGGACUUGCAGGAAAAAAUCCAUUCUAGAUGAAUGAAUCACAGGUCCGUCAUCUUAUAUUAAAAAAGUUAAGGUUUCAUGUUAGCAACUGGUUGUAAAGUACAGUGGUGGGGGUGGGGGGUGGUGAAAACAGGAAGUGGGUCACACAAUUAUAAACUCCCUAAAAGGGGGGGGGGUUAUUUGCAAAAUUCUGUGUGGAAACUGGCUUGCUGUUACUCAAAUAAUUAUUUUUAGUGCAUAACUUUCUUGUGAUGGUUGAUUAUUUUGUAUCUGAAUGUCAGUGAUCAAUGGAUUGUUGUUUAUAAAAGUCACAAUCUGUUCUUUUUU